AUGCCCGGCGCAAACGUCGCAGUUCUCCCGCCCCCAGCGGCCUCGACACCGUCCUCGCGCAAGGCGACUCUGGCGCCAGAACGCAAAUACAAGUGCCAGUUUUGCAACAGAGCCUUCAGCCGAAGCGAGCACCGAAGCCGUCACGAGCGAUCCCACACAAAGGAGCGUCCUUUCAAGUGCAUGAAGUGCAGAAGCACCUUUGUGCGCCGCGAUCUUCUUCUCAGACAUGAUCGCACAGUCCACGCCAAGGAUGGCGGCGUCCCCCUUCACAGCGACGGCAAGCGUCGUUCUGGUCCCAAGACUCGAGCCAUCGGCGGGCCCGCAAAGUCGUCAAUCGCCCUGGAUCCCUCCACGUUGGAGCAGAUGGAAGCCGGCGGCGACGGCAUUUUUGAUGUCGAAGCCGCUGCCAUGCUGGUUGCCGACCUGCACCACAAGGCCACUGCUGCUAUGCGCGGAGACGAAUCCUACGACGAUGGCACAUCCAUGGCCUUUUCGCCCAGAAGCUCUGGCGGCAUGGAGCCCGCCGUCACAUACCCGUCCGGCGCCAUUGCUCUUCCGCAAGUCCAGUGGGACAACUUCAUGGCGGACCCCAAGCCGCACUCCAUCACUUCCAGCGCCUCUGGUUCCUACGAAUCAUCACAGCCCUUUGCUGGCGGAAACAGGCUCCAGCACCAGCUGCCGCCCUUUGGCAACCGAAAUGUCAAUGGUCUUGUGCCCGCUCUUCAGUCCAUGAUCAGCUCUCUUCCUGCCUCUGGCCCGGAGAUUCCGGCUCCACAGAGCCCCUCUGGAGUCGACUCGCUGCAGGCUGGAUUUAGAGCUCCCCAGGUGUCUGGUGACGAUGAGCGAAACGCCAUCCUGGACAACAUCCGCAGCGCUGACCGAGAGCACGCCAUUCCAGACAGCUUUCGCCUGCCCGGCUUGGGUUCUCUGAACCGCUACCUGUCCACCUACUUUGGGCUGUUCCACCACCAUCUGCCGUUCCUGCACCCAGCCUCGUUCAUCCCGUCCCAGGUGUCGCCACCGCUACUCUUGGCCGUGCUUAGCAUUGGUGCCCUCUAUGCCUUUGACCAGGAUCAGGCUUACAUGCUUCACAUUGGCUCCAAGGUUCUCGUCAACCAGUUCUUGCAGAACAAGGAGAACUUCAGCUCCCGCAAGUGCCCUCUGUGGACCAUGCAAAGCUCGCUUCUCAACAUGAUCUUUGCUAGCUGGAGCGGCGACCCCAAGGGCUUGGAGUGGGCUUGUUCCAUCAAGAGUCUGCUUGCCAACAUGGUGGCAGGAAACCGCUACGAGCUCAAGCUUCGUCAGGAGGCUAGAGGCGCGGCCAAGCCUACUCGUGCUGAGUGGGUAGAGGAUGAAGGCUGCCGCCGUACUUAUUAUGCAGUGUACAUCUUCUUUGGCCUGCUCACCCUGACGUUCAACCACACGCCGGCCAUUGGCUUCAAUGAGUUUGAAGACCUACAGCUCCCUUCCACGGAAGCCAUGUGGAACAUGCAGGUUGCCGACGAGGCUGCGUGGGCCGAGCAGCUCGAAAAGUCGCCUGCCGUCAUCUUCAUGGAAGCCCAUGACAAUCUCUUCCAGGGUGAAGCCACUAAGUACAGCGCCUUCUCUACCCGUGUCAUGAUCAAUGCCCUGUUCCUCGAAGUAUGGUACCACAAACGUAGUCCUGAGGCCCUGCAAGAUGUCGUGACCGAGUACAAACUUAGACUUGCGCUCGAGACGUGGGAGAAGUCCCUGGACUUGUGCGAGCCGGAGUCUGCCGCGGUGCCUCUCAGUGCCCCCCACAAGGGCCAUCCCCUCAUCUUCAAUGCCCGCGCCAUGUACCGUAACGCGCGUGCCCGCCUCGAGGUCGAUCUCAAGACCGUGCAGGAGGCGCUGCGAUACCAUGAGCCCUACGAGGUGGCCGCUGCCAUGUCCCACGCUCGGGACCGUGUCAAGCGUUCAAGCGAGAUGAUUAAAGUGAUUGAAGAGUGCUACAACUGCCUCGAGACGGCCGUGGUUCAGGGCGUCCGCUGGGUGGCACGCACCUCGUCGACCAACUGGAGCGUCGAGCACCCGCUGUGCGGCUUGGAUCUCAUCAUCAUCCUCACGCUGUGGCUCUAUCGUCUGGAACAUGACGAAGAGCCCGCGACGCAGGAGGAGGUUGCCAUGUAUUACAAGGUCCGCCAGCUGUUCAUCAAGGACUUUGAUGAGAACAUCAUUGCCAACCUGAGCUCCGUGGUUGCACGCCUCUGGGGCUCAAUGCUAGACGAGGUUGUUGUGUGGGGAAUCACGCGUCUCAUGGGCGAAUCAUGCAAACUGCAUUCAGAAGCCUUGGUCGGCUAUGUGGGCGACGAAGCUUCCUCUAAUGUCUCGACCCCUUCGAUGACCUCCCAGGGAGCGGACGAGGACAGCGUGUAUUAA